AUGGGAUCAGGCGUUCCUCGUGGCAUUCGUGCAGCUAGGAAGCUCCGCAACCGUAGAAGACGCGAAAGGUGGGCUGAUAAGGCCUACAAGAAGGCCAACUUGGGAACCCGCUGGAAGUCCAACCCGUUCAAGGGAAGUUCUCAUGCCAAGGGCAUUGUUGUUGAAAAAAUCGCCAUUGAGGCCAAACAGCCAAACUCCGCCUAUCGUAAGAGUGUUCGUGUACAAUUGAUCAAGAACGGUAAAAAGAUCACCGCCUUCGUACCAAGGGAUGGCUGCCUAAACUUCAUUGAUGAAAACGAUGAAGUCUUGGUCGCUGGUUUCGGACGUUCCGGUCACUCCGUUGGUGAUUUGCCUGGUGUCCGUUUCAAGGUUGUCAAGGUCUCUGGAGUUUCUCUUUUGGCUCUUUAUAAGGAAAAGAAGGAAAAGCCCAGAUCUUAA